AUGGAGUCGUCGACAGCUGUAGCCGUCGAAGUAGCGGUCCCAAAUGACAGCGGCAGUGUAUACAAUGCUCUCGUCGCAAACACGGAAUUAUAUGGAACGGCACUAACGACUGUAUCAUUAGAUUCCGUUCUGUUCAAAGUAUACUCGAACAUGUCACCAGGCGCGAACGCUAACAACUUGACAUGCGAGAACUGCACUGAUACAUUCCAUCGGCCAGGAUUUGACAACGCUGCACGGGUCCGUGUCAUUUUAUACGGAAUAUUCUUCGUAAUUGCCGUGGCCGGUAACUUGACAAUUUUCAUUACAAUGUUCCGGAAUCGCAAUCGACGAACUCGCGUGAAGACUUUCAUCAUGCACCUUGCUAUCGCCGAUUUGCUCGUAGCUAUACUCGUAAUGCCUACGGAGGCCAUAUGGCAGAUCACGGUCAAGUGGUACGCUGGAGAUGCCAUGUGUAAACUUCUAUCUUUCUUGAAAGUUUUCCCUUUAUAUUUAUCGUCCAAUAUUCUAGUUAGUAUGAGUUUGGAUAGAUACUGGGCGAUCGUACAUCCUUUGAGCGUAUCUAAUGCCGAUAAAAGAGGGAAAGUUAUGUUAUGGAUGUCUUGGGCAAUCGCCGGACUCUGUAGUCUACCCCAG